AUAAAAAAUAAUCUUUCUAGAUUAUAAAAGAGAUUGUGUCUUUUUUUAUCUUAGUCGAACGACUAGCGCAGCGUCGAUCUUCGUGACGCUAUAAUCUAAAAUAACCGAUUUUCGGUUAUGAACUUCAUCUUAGGUUCAUCCAAAAAAAUGCCCUCGCUGUCAUUUACGUAAUAUCAUUGAUCAAUGAAGCGAGCUGAGAUAUUUCCCGUACCGUUGAAAAAAAUUCCAAUAAAUAAUCACCCUUUUCUUUUGACUGUCGAAAAGUCACUUACCUUCCCUACAUUUUAGCAAAAAUGAUCUUUUUAAAAAGUACUGUUCUUUUCUUCAGUACUUCCUUCAUAUUGAACAUGGUUGUUGUAGGAGCAAAAUUACUCACUCCCUCGGAUUUGAUACAAUUGCCCAGGCCUGGUGUACCUGUCACUUCACCUAACGGAGCCUUGGCUGUUUAUGCACAGUCCUCAUAUAACAUUACAGAGGGCAAGUCUGUUAGCAACCUCUAUCUCUUAAACAUCAAUGAGAAUUCUGUAGAAGAGUUGACAAAGCCUUCCUUCGAAGCAUCCGAUAGUGAACCUUUUUUCUUAGAUAAUGAUCAUGUCGCUUACAUGCACCAUGGGGAUAACGGAAAAGAAGACAAAGAGAACGAGUCUACAGUAGACCAGCUUUACGUUUUGAAUUUGAAAAACAAGGACUCUUAUCGCUUAACUGAUUUUCCUAUUCCUUUCGGCAAUAUGAAAUACAACCUUGAGGCGAAACUAUUGGCUUUCUCUGCUUCUGUUUAUAAUGAGAUGAAAACUCUUAAAGAAACCCUGGAAAGGGAUCAAUAUAUCGAAGCGAACAAAAAGGAUACUGCAAUGGUAUUUGAUGAACUUAUGGUGAGACACUGGGAUGCGUAUGUCGGCGAGAAAAAAAACAACCUCUUCGUCGUAUCUCUUAGUGUGAAUAAGGAAGGAAAGUACGAAGUGUCUCAUGAGCCAGUAAAUUUGCUGAAGGAUACAGGUUUCGAAUGCCCUGCCUUUCCUCUUGGUGAUGCCUCUGACUAUGCUAUUUCACCAGAUGGUUCUCAGAUUGCCUUUCUUGCAAAAAGUACUGCCAAGGAUAAUGCAUGGCAAACAACCUCUCAUAUAUACCUUGUCCCUACUACGAUCGAUGAAAGCAAUGAUAGAAAACCGCGCCCCAUCAAUGAUGAUAUUCCUGCCGCUUCUUCUAGCCCUCAUUUCAUCGCCGAUAACCAGUUGGUCUAUUUCCAAAUGUAUACACCUCAAUAUGAAUCUGAUCGCAACCGUAUUGUUCUUUAUGAUAUGGAGAAACAAGUCAAAAAAUUGGUAGCCGGUCAGUGGGAUCGAAGCCCGCACGAAAUCGCUUCUUCUCAUGAUGGUAAGACUCUGUACGUCACAGCAGAAGACCACGGUCGCAACAAGAUCUUCGCAAUCAACAUUGAAACGGAAUCCAUUGAUACUCUCACUGAAGAAGGAUACGCUACAGGCCUAACCGUUCUUCCCACAGGUCAAAUCUUUUAUGGUUCCAGCUCGAUGAAGCAUCCAGUAGCACCCUACAUUUUCGAUCCCUCGUCGAAAGAAAUCACACGUUUUGCCAUUGAAGACCAAUUACAAAAGAAACUUGAAUCUUUUGAUUUAGUUGAUGCAGAAGAUCUUCAUUUUAUAGGAUCUUUGGAUGAAACAGUUCAUGGAUGGUAUCUCCAGCCUGCAGGGUAUGAGCAGGGUAAACAGUAUCCAGUCGCUUUUCUUAUUCAUGGAGGCCCUCAGGGAGCAUGGAAUGAUAACUGGUCAACUCGUUGGAAUCCUCAAAUUUUUGCAGGUGCAGGUUAUGCUGUAGUUGCCAUUAAUUUUCAUGGUUCUACAGGAUAUGGUCAGGCAUUUACUGACUCUAUUGGUGAAAAUUGGGGCUCGUAUCCUUUCUACGAUUUGGAAAAGGGAUUGGAAUAUGUUUUGCAAAAGUAUUCCUACCUAGAUGCGAAACGUGUGGCAGGCUUGGGUGCCUCUUAUGGGGGUUUUAUGGUCAAUUGGAUCAACGGCCACAGCGAUAAAUUCAAAGUGCUUGUUAAUCACGAUGGCGUUUUCUCUACCUCACAAGUAUUUUAUACAACUGAUGAAUUGUACUUUUCAGAAAAAGAGUUCGGCGGAACACCUAUUUUACCCAAAAAUAGAGAAGGAUAUGAACAGUGGUCACCAGCCAACUUUGUGCAGAAUUGGAAAACACCCACUUUAGUCAUUCAUGGUGGCAAAGAUUUUAGGUUAACUUUGGGCGAAGGUUUAUCGACGUUCACAGGACUUCAAAGACAAGGCAUUCCCUCCAGACUUGUCUACUUCCCCGAUGAGAAUCAUUGGGUAUUGAAACCAGCCAAUUCUUUAAGAUGGCAUAAGGAAGUUUUGGAUUGGAUCAACAAAUAUACCAUGGAAGAAGAAGGACAAGGGCUCCAGGCAUCCACCAAUGCAGCCCUACUAUAUCAGCAAGAUCGAUAAAAGUAGAAUCAAAAGCUUGAUAUAAAAUUUGAUAUGCCUUAAUUGACUUAAUACACGUUUUUGAAUAAUAAAAGGUGACAUUAAUCAUGAACGAAGAAAUCUAGGCAAUCGA